AGUUUUCCUGCGCAACCCACCCAUGUUUCUGAUAUGCAGUGUUAGUUUUACAAUGGUGUGUCGUGUUAAAAGCUAAGGAUAAGCUAGCUAGCUAACGUUAGCCGAAUGUUAACGUUAGUUAGCAAAUGAUAGCUGCGUUGUUUCGUUCCCAAACUAAACACUGACAUAAUUAUAAAGUGUGAAGCCAUACGCACUAAAGUUAGAACAAAAAAAAUAAACAGUGUUGUUAAGAGCUCGACGAUGUUACAACGAAAGUUAUUUCUAGCCAGGGCCAGUGCUACGUUAGUUUUAGGUUUAAGCUCACAGUAUGAACUUUGCCUCAAACAGUGAUAUGUUGGGGAGUUUUGGGGCUGUGUUGUUAAUCUAUUGCACUUUAAAGAAUUGAGAUUGGGAAUUCAAAAAUGACCUUAGAAAAAUGCCAGUGCUACGUUAACCCAAACGCCAUAAUGUCAUAAAGCCAGGCUAGCUAAUGCUAAGUAAUAAGCAACAAUGGAUCGACAACCUUAAAACAAUGGUUCCUACCAUCAAUUUUUUCGAUAAAGCUUUAGCGAGUACGCAACAAAGUAUAUAAAUACCAAUACAACCAGCUAUAGAAGUUGCUAACGUUAGCUAUCUGCUAACUAGGCCAAUGUGUUUAUCCUGGGUCAGCGUAAUUGCUGGAACGUAAUGUAUCCCGUGAGUGUUCCUUACUACAGGAUUACGAUUGAUUUCAACAUUUUAAUUAUGCCAUGCCAUUCUCUCAGAUUAAUAUAUACUCCAGGCUAUAAAGAAAAGUUCAAAUGAAAAAACAGCAUUUGUUCCUUAUAAUCCGUGAACUGGAACCCUCGAUGAACUAGUUUAGCUUCAGGAAGUAGACGGCCCCAGAUCUUGCAAGGCAGCCCUGAAGCUUUCCUUUAGUUUCAAAUUUAGCAAACCCUGGUUGUGAUUUACACACAACUAACAAUUUAAUCAUACAUUUUCAACAACUUUUCUUUAUAACCUUUGUUGUGCUGUGUACAAUUUAAAAAUAGCUGAAAUUAAUUACUGUUUGAAUUUAUUUUGUAUGGCAACCUUGUGGUAUAUGUAGCCUAUUUUAUGUAUUUAUAUAUAUAUAUAGGCCUACAUAUCUUAUUAUUUUUAAAACACAUAAGCCUACUUUGGCAUUUGUCACUAACUAUAUCCUGCACACACAUAUAGUUUAUUAGCCUAACUGAAAUAUAAAUGGAAGAAAAUGUUUUGUUCGUCUGUGACCCCUUAUGGUGGGUCUCCUAACACAGAUUGACUUAGAAUCCAAUGGCUGCAAACAACACAGGCCUACUGUUUCUACUAAUAGAAUCAGGCAGAGUUUCAGCUCUGGCAAAUAAGCAAGCUGAGCUGGGAAUCCUUUCAGGAAGACUUGAUAGCCUAUGUUCCUGUCAAUAUGAAGCCUAACAACUGUGGGGAUUAGGAAAUCAUACUAAAUUAUCAUGUUUGUUUUUUUAAAUCAAGGAGCAUUGUGCAGUUUUAGAGCCAUUGGUGCUCCUGCAUAGACCAAAGCCUGUAAGGAUUAGCAAACAUGAUUUAAUCUCUCUGUCUAACAUGGUUGUUGCUGCAAUUGAGAGAUGAAAGAUAUAAAUCGUUGUAGGCCCAUGGAUGGCUUUGAAAUCUAAAUGAAAACAAUGGCCGAUAUAUAUCUGAGCACAGAGGGCUAUGUUUUUAAGAUUUUUAUGAAGACAGAUUUAGUUUACUUCUAGUGUGAUUUGUGACUUAUUGAAAGAAACAUGUAACUUUAAGAGACUCCCUCCAACCCCAUACAACCUGCUUGUUAUGUGUGUUAUUUUGUGGAUGGCUAUGGAUCAGGGCAAAGUCACAUUUCAUGCUCGAGUCGUCCUGACAGGACGAGUUUUAGACCGCCCAGCUGAGCUCUGUGUCUCUCUGAUCUCCUUUAUAACUCCAUUACAAGACUUUAUUAAGUUUCCAGCCACUGCUCGGGUGCUGUGGGCCCAUCUCCAUCCACUUACAAAUAAGAGUUAAUUCUUAGUUUGAUUCCUACUUUACAGCACAUCACCGUAUGGAUACAUGUAGAUUUAGCUGGCCGUAGAAGAGGAAUUGUACUUUAAAAUGAUUGAUUUGUUGUUGAGAUGUUUGCAGUUUCCUGUAAUGACCAGCAGGGUGCGCUGCACUCUUAGGGAUUGAAUGCAAAUCAUUGAAUAGGAAACAUUUUCAUGUCCUAAGUAUUUGCUCUGACACACUCUACCGGCUUGUUUUAUAAUAUUCUCCUAUUUUAGUUGUCCACCCUCAUAUUUCCCAGAAACUCGAAACAGUGAGCGAUCCAAUGGCCUUAACUUCACAACACAUGCCAUUGGGUUAUACUCUACUGUAAUAAACUGCUUUUUAUGCUUCUGGAAAGUUUAAUAAUAUACCCCAAGGCAUCAGUAAACUCAUAUGUUUACCUUUCCUAUCAAUAACAAUUUGGCUGUUAAUCCGAAUCUGCCGAAUAGCUUGUAACUUUUUUAAAUCAAAUUUGUACCUGAGUAAAUUAUAUUCUUAUUCAUGGCCUUGACCGUUCCUGUCUCGUGUAAUUCAGUUCGUCGUUGUUUGUUAUGGCAGAAGAAGGAGGUGGGAGUGCGUAAAGUGUGCGCCUUGUUUGGAAUCAUAUUACGCACAGCCUGCAUGGACAGCAGCGCCGGGGAGGGACUUGAAACAUGUGGGAUAACUGUUGCGCUCGGCUCUCUCUCUCUGCUCGGACGCUUUUCUGGGACAGCAGAAAUCUGCGCUUGCGGGAAACACCUGCACUUACUAUUUCCCAGAGUUAACGGGCCAGCUGCGAGUAUUAAAGUUGUACCCUCCGGUUAUUUUUCGCUGGAGUUGUGAUAAUGUUAGGCAGCGGUAAGUCAGCGACCAGCAGUCCGAAAGAGCAGAGGAAGAAAGGAGCUGAGAAGCCCAUAGACCCCAUCAGGAGGCUCGGGCUGCUGGACAACGAGGAUGUUCGUGUGAUGAUGCAGGGCUGCAGCAUGGUGAAGGUUCGCUCUUCGAGAUGGCAGAAGAGUCGAAACAUGCGGCUGAUGGAUGAUGGACUCACUGUGUGGUGUGAAUCUACAAAGAGUUCCCGCAAAGCCAAAGCCCAGCAGACAUUCGCAGUGACUGAAGUGGAGUGUGUGCGUGAAGGCUGCAAGUCUGAGGCGCUGAGGCGGCUGUCCGGGUCGGUGCCAGAGAGCCAGUGCUUCACGGUGGUCUUCAGAGGGGCCCGGAAGAGCCUGGACCUGUUGAGCCCCUGUGAAGAUGCAGCAAGACGCUGGGUACGAGGGCUCCGCACUUUGAAGGAGCAUGUGGCCAACAUGAGUCAGAAGCAAAAACUGGACCAUUGGAUCCGAGGCUACCUGAGGCGAGCGGAUGAGAACCAGGACGGCAAGAUGAGCUACGAUGAAGUCAAACGUCUGCUCCAGAUGAUCAACAUUGACCUGAGUGAACAGUAUGCCCACUCUUUAUUCAAGAGGAGUGACCGAUCAGGGGAUGGCCGUCUGGAUCACAUAGAGAUCGAGGAGUUCUGCAGGGAGCUGCUGCGACGGCCCGAGCUCGACGCCGUGUUCAGACACUAUUCCAGUAAUGGUUGUGUGCUCGCCACUGCUGAGCUGCGCGACUUCCUGGGAGACCAAGGAGAAGACGCCUCGUUGAAUCAUGCUCAGAGCCUCAUACUCACCUAUGAGCUUAAUGACUGGGCUCAGAAGAACCGCCUCAUGACCCAGAAUGGUUUCACCAUGUACAUGCUCUCCCGAGAGAAUGACGUGGUUAACCCAGACCAUGCCAGAGUGUACCAGGACAUGAGCCGCCCUCUGGCCCACUACUUCAUCUCCUCGUCCCACAACACAUACCUCACCAAGGACCAGGUCACCAGCGCCAGCAGCACUGAGCCCUACAUCAGGGCUCUGAAUCAGGGAUGUCGCUGUGUUGAGCUAGACUGCUGGGAUGGAGAUAAAGGUGAACCUGUCAUCUACCACGGCCACACUCUCACCUCCAAAGUCACUUUCAGUGAAGUCAUUGAAACCAUCGCCCAGUACGCCUUCAAGGCCUCCCCAUAUCCUCUAAUCCUGUCUUUGGAGAAUCACUGUUCUGUGGAGCAGCAGGCGGUCAUGGCCAAACACCUCCGCAAAAUCCUGGGCAGCAAACUGCUCACCAAGCCCCUCAGUGCCGACCCGCCAAAAGAUCUGCCUUCUCCUGAAGAGCUGAGGGGGCGGAUUCUGGUAAAAGCAAAGAAGCUGAUCCCUCACCUGGGGCAGCUGGGUAAGAAUGGCAGCUGUGCCAGCUUCUCCUCGAGCUCUGAAGAUGAAGUAGCAAGCAGCAAUAAGAAGGAUCCUGCAAAGGUCUGUUCUAAACUGAGCCCAGAGCUAUCAGAGCUGGUGGUGUACUGCAGAAGCGUCCCCUUCCGUGGUUUUGAAAAUGCACCUGAAAAACCUCCAAACGAAAUGUCUUCCUUCUCUGAAAGUGAUGCCCUCAAGCUCAUCAAAGACUCAGGGAAGCUUUUUGUGAGACACAACAGCAGGCAGCUGAGCCGGAUCUACCCCUCUGGCCAGCGCCUCGGAUCAUCCAACUAUGAUCCUCAGGAAAUGUGGAACGGUGGCUGCCAGAUGGUGGCUCUUAACUUCCAAACGCCAGGAGAGCAGAUGGACCUGAACCAGGGCCGCUUCCUGCCCAAUGGUCGCUGUGGAUACCUUCUUAAACCAGCUUUUCUGUGCAGCACCACUUCCGACUUUAACCCAGAGAACACAGGAGGAGGCCCCGGUCACACCCCCACCCAGCUGACUAUACGAAUCAUAUCUGCGCAGCAGCUUCCAAAAAUUGACACGGAGAAGGUUAGCUCCAUUGUGGACCCACAAGUAUGGGUGGAAAUUCAUGGGGUGUCAAUUGAUAAUGCAAGAAACAAAACCCAACGCAUCGACAACAAUGGUUUCAACCCCCGAUGGGACUGCACUCUGAGCUUCCAGCUGCAGGUCCCUGAACUGGCCCUGGUGCGGUUUGUAGUGGAGGACCACGAUCACACUGCCAAAAAUGACUUUGUGGGGCAAUUCACUGUACCAUUCAUCAGCCUACGAACAGGUUAUCGACAUGUUCAUUUAUUGAAGGCAGGUGGUUCCAGUCUGUCCCCCAGCACACUCUUCAUCCAUGUCAAAGUCACCCGCAAAGGAGUACCAAUCAAAACUGUGUCCGAGCGUAUGGCCAUUGCUAAAGGCAAGGCAUGACGUGCAUCUGAACUAGAUGGAAAGCUGCAUUUUCUGACAACAAAGGGCUUUGAAAAGGGGCUCUGAGCGUGAGCAGAGAGAGGCUGUCAGUCCCUGUCCAGUCCUCAAGUGGUCCAAUUUACACUGAGCAACUGCAGGAGGAAAGAUGUCGCUUAUCAGAGAUGAAGAAGCACUCUGGCUCUCAGCAAAUGAAUUGCCUCAGGCUAGAUAAUGAAUCCAUUAUACACUGUGGGAGUAUCAUCUCUUUUCCAGGACACUGAGGAUUGUGGUCCGCCAAAUAUGGGACUUGUUACAAAAUCAGUUUUAAUGUUGUUUACUCUAAUUUUAGGUGGCCAUCCCAAAUGUGUUGGACUAAAGAUUUUUGUAUUUUAGAAAUAUUUAAAAAAAUGUACACUUAAUUGUUUAGCUAAUACUUAAAGAAUGAAGAUACUUAACAAGAAACAGCACUUAAUUAACUUAAUGAGGGGGUAUACAAGUCCUGUCAGUGGGACUCCCAGCAUGUGAUUUAAAAAUGUAUCGUUUUUAAUGUUUAGGAAUGAUGAUUAUAACACCAACUGAUGUUAUGCAGAUGUCAAAAUGUUUUACUGUGAUUGCCACAUGUUGUGCAUGAAAAUUAUUCAAAUGAUUAAUGUGUUUUACUUGAUAAUCUAGAUACUCUAGGCACUUUUAAUUUUAUGACUAUAUACAGUAUUUCUACAACUUAAAAAAUGAACUUGAAAUAUAAACAGUAUUAACUUUAACUUAACUUUCUUAAGAAUCUAAAUAGUUGUAUUUACCUCAUUUCACAAAUGUGACAUUUGUUUUGUUUGAUAUUUGUUUGUAGGCAUAUUAGCUCUGUUCUGUUAACAACCUUGCAAUUUAUUUGUGUUGCCAAAUGUUGUGUUACAUUCUUCUAUAAAACGUUUGGUUAAACAUGAAUUGCAAAUAGCAAACAUAAUACCAAUUCAUUUGAGCUACUGCAAAUAAUUUGAAACUCAUAGAGCUUCCUUGGGAUAAAAUGGUGCAGUAAUGAGAGGUGCUGCACAUGGAUUACUGUAAUUACAGUGCAUGUGAUCUAUAUGGAUUUCAGAAGCAUGUUACAAGUGUUGUAUUAUGCAUUUGCAGUGUUAAAUCUUAUGUUAUAUGAAUGGCAGUUGGUGUUAUUUAUGCAAGAGAAAAUACUGUUUUCAUAAAAGCACUAAUAACA